CUUUGCCAUUGUAAAAGCAAAGCCUCUUCCUUUUCGUCCCUGUUUUCUCCGCUGAAACUCAAAACAACAACUAUCUCAAAAGCUCUUCGGUUUCUCAUCCCAACAGACAAAAUACCAAUAAUAAUAAUAAUAAUAAUAAUAAUUCCCCCAAAAAGAUUAGAAAAAAAAAUUUCACUUCUUAUCUCCGGGCAAGAUACGCUGAAACUGUUCCUCGCUCAAUCCAUUUCCAACACUCAAAAUAAAGCUUAAAUCUUUUCCUCUCUAUUGAGCGUGGUGAUCUAGGGUUUUUGAUUUUCACUUGUUAUUAUUAUUCAAAAACCGAAAUUUUUGUUGUUAGGGGGGGAUUGAAUUCAGGAAAAAAUUCGAGAAGAAUCAUGGAAGUGGAGGCGGUAGGUGACGUGGCAUCUCUUGACCCUGAUUCACUUCAGCUCCCGGAGCUCUCCCCGUUAGCUCUCAAAUCCAAUCCCUUUCUCGCAGAAGAACUGUUUUCCCUCUGGCUUUCCCUCCCGGAAACUGGUCGCCUGGUUAAGAAUUUGCUUACUGAUGCGAGAACGGGGACGUCGUCGUUGAAUGCCACGGGGAAUUUGACCAGUUCUACAACCAAUUUAUUGCCUUCCAUGUUUCCUGCUGCAAGUACUCCUCCGCUUUCACCGCGUAGUACUUCUGGUUCUCCUCGUAUUGGCAAACAGCGGUCUGGCCCUUCUUCUUUAGGUUCGCCUCUCAAAAUAGUUAGCGAGCCAGUUCGUGAAGUCAUACCACCGUUUUAUUUUAAAAAUGGCCGUCCGCCUCCAAAUGAAUUGAAAGAGCAGUGUUUGUUUGUGAUUGAUCAGUACUUUUAUGGUCGUUUGGGAUUGCACAUUCAUGAGUUUAAGGCGAUAACAAAAGAUAUUUGCAAACUACCGUCCGUUUUGUCCACCACUCUGUUUAGAAAAAUUGAUGUCAACAACACUGGUAUUGUGACAAGGGAUCAAUUUGUCGAUUAUUGGAUUGGAGGCAACAUGUUAACAAUGGAUUUAGCAACCCGAAUGUAUACAAUUCUUAAGCAACCUGAUCGCAGAUACCUUACUCAGGAUGAUUUCAAACCUGUUUUACACGAACUUUUGGCAUCUCAUCCAGGGCUGGAGUUUUUACAAAACACCCCAGAAUUUCAGGAAAGAUAUGCUGAAACAGUUGUAUAUAGAAUAUUUUACUAUAUAAAUAGAUCUGGAACUGGUCGGCUUACCCUCCGGGAGUUGAAGCGGGGGAACCUAAUUGCUGCAAUGCAGCAUGUGGAUGAUGAAGAAGAUAUUAACAAGGUUUUAAGGUACUUCUCUUAUGAACACUUUUAUGUAAUAUACUGCAAGUUUUGGGAGCUCGACACCGACCAUGAUUUUUUGAUCGAUAACGAAAACCUUAUCAGAUAUGGUAACCAUGCUCUUACGUACCGGAUUGUUGAUAGAAUUUUUUCUCAGAUUCCAAGGAAAUUUAGAAGUAAGGUUGAGGGGAAAAUGGGUUAUGAAGAUUUUGUUUACUUUAUACUGUCAGAGGAAGAUAAAUCUUCAGAACCUGGUCUGGAAUACUGGUUUAAAUGCAUUGAUUUGGACGGAAAUGGGGUGCUCACACCAACUGAAAUGCAAUUUUUUUAUGAGGAGCAGUUACGCAGGAUGGAGUGCAUGGCCCAAGAACCUGUGCUCUUUGAGGAUAUAUUAUGCCAAAUUGUUGACAUGAUUGGACCAGAGAAUGAGGGCUACAUCACUCUACGUGACUUGAAAGGCUGCAAACUUUCUGGAAAUGUUUUCAACAUUCUUUUCAAUCUCAAUAAAUUUAUUGCUUUUGAAAGUCGUGAUCCUUUUCUUAUUCGUCAGGAGCGUGAAAAUCCAACACUGACAGAGUGGGAUCGCUUUGCACAUAGAGAAUAUAUUAGGCUUUCCAUGGAAGAAGAUGUUGAGGAUGCUUCAAAUGGAAGUGGAGAUAUCUGGGAUGAAUCAUUUGAGGCUCCCUUUUGAAAGUAGUUAGAGGUCUACAAGAGAAGGUGGCAGUGCUUCCUUGGUCCUGUGUAUUAAUCAAUGGUUUUUGCUCAAACUAGUGUUAUUUGUGGCACAAUUGUAUGCAUAUACUCCUGCAGGCCAUAUUCAGACAGUAGUUUUUAGUUACAGGGAUUCCGGAUGGGAAUGUCAAGAGCUUUCUAUGAGGAGCUUCUAGCUUAGAAUACCAGGUGCCUUAAUUGUGUAGGGGCAGUUGCAGAAUAGGGAAAUUUUUACUGUCCAUAUGAUGAUAGUUCAGAAUAAAAUGAAAUCAAAAUUUUGUUUGUAAAUAGUCAGUCUUGGUUCUGUUGUUGGUAAAUCUAUGUCGUUCAUAUGUUCUCCUUGAAUUCAAUUUAUGAUGAAAAGAAACUGUUAUUAUUUGUAAUU